AUGUCUUUCCCUAGGGUUCCUCCUCUGUCUAGGAUUCCUUCAUAUCUCAACAAAAGCAACAACUUUCACCUUCACCACACUCACUUUAUUCCAAUAUCCAAAUCCCAACAACAACCUACAAACCAAACUGUCCGUUCACUCACUAAUUUCAAUGUCCCAAUACAAUCUCAAUCUCCUUCUGCACUUCCCUCUCCAAUGCCUUCUUCUCCUAUUGAUAAUGCCAAUUCCACUCAGAGGAUUUUUUUAAUUGUGAUUGCUUAUGGGAAUUAUGUGGUUGUUAUUCAGAUUGAUGAUUCUGCUCAUCUAGAGAGGUUUAAUCAUGAUUGCUCUAAAGAUUUUCAAGUGAGUGCUGCUGAUUUUGAACGAAAGAGACCUCAAGAUUUUGACUUUUUCUUGGUGCUUGAUUUGGAAGGGAAAGUUGAGAUUCUUGAGUUUCCUGUACUGAUAAUUGAUGCGAAAAAUAUGGGUGUUGUUGAUUUGUUUCACAGGUUUGUACGGCCCACAGCAAUGAGUGAGCAAAGAGUAAAUGAAUAUAUUCACAACAAAUACGGCAAGUUUGGAGUUGAUCGUGUGUGGCAUGAUACAGCCCUCCCAUUUAAUGAAGUUCUUCAAAAAUUUGAAUCGUGGUUGACUCAACAUAAUUUGUGGGAAAAGAUGCAUGGUGGGCUUCUUAAUCGAGCAGCGUUUCAGGCCAGAGGUAUGAGGACAAUGAUGCAGCAACUUAAAAUACCAAUGGUGGGAAGUCACCAUCUUGGUCUUGAUGACACAAAGAAUAUAGCAAGAGUUUUGAUACGGAUGCUAGCCGAUGGCGCAGUAGUGCCGAUUACUGCAUGGAGGAAACCUGAACACUCCAGCAUAUACCAACCUCGAUUAACAAUUUCCUUGCUCGUGAAAUACACGUCAACAGGCGUGCGUGGUACAAAAGCCAAAAACUAA